CCAAGACGUAGAGUCAAGCUGGAGCGUUCCGCUCGAUAAUACGACCAUGGAGAGAAAUUCAUCCAUUGUCCGGUGGGACAAUAUCAAGCCAUUUCCAUCCGGCGUCCCUGCGAAUAAGAUGUGGGAGGAAUGGAACAGAUAUAUUGAAAAUUUCGAGAUCGCCGCAUUGUUGAGCAACGCCAAUGACCCUGCAAAGAGAACGCAGCUUUUGUUCCUUUCGAUGGGUCCCGACCUCCAGGAGAUAGUCAGAGCUGCUAAACUGCGCCCAAACCUGUCCGACCCCAACUGCUACAAAACGUUCGUUGCGAACAUCCAAGGCUAUUUCCGAGGAAUGACUGAUACAGCAACAGAACAUGAGGCGUUUUCGUCCAUGAAACAAAUGAAAGACGAGUCCGCUGUUGCUUAUCAUGCACGGCUAAUGUGCAAGGUCAGAUUGUGUGGAUACAGCAGUGAAGAUCAGGAUCGCUUCGUGAGGGCACAAUUGCUGAAGGGGUUGCGCAAUAAGGAACUCGUCAAAGCAAGCAGAACGUAUGGAUAUGACACCAAUUUCAUCGUUCAGGCGGCUACACGUGACGAAGCUUAUGAAGCUGAGACAUCACAGUCACCCGAUAGUCAUGUGUUCCACGUCGAGCGCCAGACUUCAUCGAAUAAUUAUCGGAAACGCAGAAAUCCAGACGAAUCCAUCCGUGGUCCUUAUGCCAAGCGCCGGCAGAUUGAUCAAGGUCAGGGGAGACGAUCACGUUGUUCCCGGUGCAAUCUUACGUCGCACAGAACCGGUAAGUGUCCUGCUAUUGACAAGAAAUGCAUCAAUUGUGGCAAGGUGGGACACUUCGCAGCAGCCUGUCGGGGUAAACGCGUAAAUGCAAUCCGGUUCAAGCGAGAGAAUACUCCAGAUGAUGACCAAGAUGACGAACGUGACGUUGAGAAACAGUACGUCAAUGCACUAUCCUUGGAAGAUGUCUUGAUAGACUGUAGCUUGGGGUCAUCAAGUCCGAUCCGAUUCCUUAUCGAUUCCGGCGCUGACGUGAAUGUUGUAUGUGGGAAAGAUUGGGACCGCAUAAAACACGAAUUCAAAGCUGGCAAAGCGAAAUUGGAAACGGUUGAUAUUGUGAAUCGAGGGAUACAUGCGUAUGGAUCGAGAGAACCACUGGAAGUUGAGCAAUCAUUCCGCGCCGAAAUCGUCGUGUCAAAUAGUACUAAGCCCCCCAUCGUGGCCAUGUUCUACGUCAUUCGCAAGGGACUCAGGUCACUACUCGGACGAUCAGCAGCUAGCGAUUUAGAGCUACUAAAGAUCGGAACUACAGUAAACAACUGUGAAGUCACGGACGACGAGAAGGAAUUUCCAAAAAUGCCUGGCGUAAUGGUCAAAUUCAAUGUCGAUCAAACAGUUGUUCCAGUGAAGAAUGCAUAUUACAACGUGCCAGCAGCCUACAGGGAAAGCGCGAAGAGUAGGCUACUAGAAAUGGAAGCCCGCGGAAUUAUCGAAAAAGUUACCUCGGCACCCACAUGGAUUUCAGGAAUGUCGGCGGUUUCAAAAGGGAAAAACGAUUUUAGAUUGGUGGUAAAUAUGCGUGCUCCUAACCGAGCGAUACAGCGAGAAUAUUUCAGACUACCUCUCAUUGAUGAGAUGAAAGUCAAAUUGUAUGGAGCGAAAUAUUUCUCAAAGCUGGAUUUGAGCAACGCGUUUUACCAUCUAACCCUGGCAGAAGAGUCGAGGGACCUAACCACCUUUUUAACCGAGGAUGGAAUGUUCAGGUUCACAAGGCUCAUGUUCGGAGUAAAUUGCGCUCCUGAAGUUUUCCAGCGCGAAAUGAUGCGAAUACUCAAAGAUGUCGACAAUAUCAUUGUAUACAUCGACGAUGUUCUAAUUUUCGCGGACACAAUGGAAAACCUUCAAAGAACCGUCGACAGGGUUCUGCUAAUCCUGAAAGAAAACAACUUAACCCUCAACAAUGAGAAAUGCGAGUUCAACAAAACCAGGAUCAAGUUCCUAGGACAUGAACUGGACGAAGACGGCUUCCACAUCGACGAGGAUAAAAUCAAAAGCAUCCGCAAUUUCCGAGAACCAAGUACUCUUUCCGAGCUUCGAAGCUUUCUUGGGUUGGCGUCGUACAUUAGCCCCCACGUACCGAACUUCGCAGAUAUAUGCAGUCCUCUGUGGGCAAUAGCUACAGCAAAAUCCUGGUCAUGGGACUCGGAGCAAAGAGAAGCGUUCAACCUAAUCAAGCAACGUAUCGUAGAUUGCACAAAAGCCCUUGGUUAUUUCUCCGAAAGCGAUAAAACAGUUCUGUACACCGACGCAUCACCGGUAGCCUUGGGAGCAGUUCUGGUUCAGGAGGACAACGCUCAAACCCCGAGAAUAAUCAGCUUCGCGUCCAAAUCAUUGACCCCUACCGAGAGAAAAUAUGCCCAAAACCAGCGAGAAGCGCUGGGCGCAGUGUGGGCGGUCGAACAUUUCUCUUAUUUUCUUCUGGGAAGGCAGUUUACAUUGCGAACAGACGCCCAAGGUGUGGCAUUUAUUCUAAACAGAUCACGAGAGGAUUCAAAGCGAGCCCUAACUCGCGCUGAUGGCUGGGCACUUCGUUUGAGUCCAUACAAUUAUGAAGUUGAGUAUGUGCGAGGACGCGAUAACAUUGCUGACAGUUCAUCAAGGUUGUAUUGCGGAGAAGACGGUCCGUUUGAAGAGGAGAUAAGCCCUUGGGAACUUGCCAGUCUUGAAGCAAAUGCCAUAGAAUUCCUCACUGAAGAAGACAUUAGAAAGGCCACAACGGACGACGAAACACUUCAAAAAGUUACACACGCCAUAAAUAGCGGAAAAUGGCCAGUCGAUAUUCCAAAGUACAAGUCGGUUAAAGAUGCCUUGACCAUUCGCGACGGGAUCGUGGUUAAAACAGGGUGUGCCGUUAUACCAGAAAGCCUUCAAACUAGAGCACUGCAGGUAGCGCACGAAGGUCAUCCGACAACUUCCAAAAUGAAAAGCAUCGUCAGACAGCGCGUCUGGUGGCCGAACAUUUCCAAAGAUGUCCAAAACUGGGUGGAAUCUUGCAAGAUGUGCACCUUAAACGGAAAACCCGAAAAGACAACACCGAUGGAAAGAAUCUUUGCUCCAAACGCAGUCUGGGAAAUGAUUGCUAUUGAUUUCAAUGGUCCCUACGCAAAGUUUGGUGGCGUUUCGAUUUUGGUACUAGUGGACUACAGAUCCAGAUAUCUCAUAGCAAAACCCGUGAAAUCUACUUCUUUCGAGUGUACAAGCAGGACACUUGAAGCGGUUUUCGAGCGAGAGGGGUAUCCAAAGUUCAUCAAAUCGGAUAAUGGUCCCCCAUUCAACGGCGAUGACUAUAAGCGAUAUUGCGCUCAGCGAGGAAUAACGACGAUAUUCUCAACUCCACUGUUCCCGCAGCAAAAUGGAAUGGUGGAAUCCUACAUGAAAUUGAUUAACAAGGCAAUGUCAUCAGCGUCCUCGGGUAACAGCAGCUUCGCCGAUGAGCUUCGGGAGGCAGUCAACGCUCAUAAUGCCGCUUCUCAUAGCGUAACAGGUGUACCGCCGGAAGAAGUCAUGCUGGGACGUAAAGUCAAACGAGGACUUCCACUAUUACAGCGUGGCAAAGCGACAUUCGACGAAAAGUUGUUGGAAAGUUCCGAUCGGCAGUCAAAAAUAUCGGGCAAAAUUCGAGAGGAUGCCAGACGUGGUGCCAAACCAUGUACGGUAAAACCUGGUGACACGGUGGUAGUGGAACGGCAGAACCGUGCUAAAGGUGACACUCGUUUUCACCCAAAAACAUACACUGUCAAACACGAGAAGAACGGUAGUUUGGUGCUAAAUGACGAGACUGGGCAGGAACUUCGACGACAUGUGUCUCAAACCAAAAAGGUGCACGUAUGGCGCGAAGAAACGAAGAAACCGACAGCCAAUCCUUGCAACGAUGAGCCCAGAAAUACUGCGUUAUCUGGCACCGUGGAUCAAUCGGCUGCUGCAUCUGCUGUAGCCAAGCCACAAACGACGACAACGCGAGACGUACGAAAGAGGAAAGCACCUAGCCACCUCAAAGAUUACGUUCGAUCGGUGCUGGAUAAUCCACGCCACAUCCAAUAAACCACUGGUAAUAUUUGCUUUUCCCUGAAAUGAGAAACUUAUUAGGAUAUGUAAUUGAAUUUCAUUUAUUUAUACCUUUUUUCCGCAGCAUCCAGGACGAAACAUCGAUCGAUUUCUUGGUUGCGCUCGUUUUUACCUUUUUUUGCUGUUCUUUAUUUUGGUAGAGCUGUCACCUUGAA